GCUGACCCGGCGGCACGGAUCGCCGGCCCAACCCGCCGGCCUUAUUUUGUACAAUCAUGCCGCCGGCUUGCGCCCGCGCGGGCAAGCCGGCGGGGCAGCAUGCCGAUGCCGACGGCAUCCCUCUCCACUCACUCAGUCAGUUGCCCGCCGGCUUUCAUAGAGUAGUGACGUAUCACUUAUUCAUUCUCUGUUGUUGUGAAGUGUCGGCACUUUUAUUUUUAUCAACUAACCAAUAUGGAGUGGGACGAUGCAACAGUUAUAAAACUAAUAGACCUCUAUCAUUUAAAAGAAAUAUUAUGGAACCCAAAAAACCGUGACUACAAAAGCCGGCCAAAGCGUUACGACGCAUUUAAUGAAAUUGCCAGUGAAUUUGCUACUGAUGUUCCGGAAAUCGAGAGAAAGAUAAAAAAUUUAACUAGUCAUUAUUACCGAGAGAAAAAAAAAGAAGAUAAUUCAAAUAAGUCUGGUGCGGGUACUGAUGGUAUUUAUCAUAGUAAAUGGUUUGCCUACAAAUCACUAAAUUUUCUGCGGAACAAAAAUGUGCCUACUGGAACCACCGAUACUGACACACCGUCGACGAGCCACGAUUCACAAUCGAGACGAGAAUCACAAUCAAAUCAAAAUGAUUUACCACAGAUGUCACCAGGAGAUUCACAAUCAAAUCAUAAUGAUUUACCACAGAUGUCGCCAGAAAAUACAACUUGGCAACGAAAUAAACGUCCUAAAAUCAACCCUAAUAAAGAGUUGAUAUCCGAAGCAUUGAAUAUUAUGAAGAAUGUCUCCCAACGACCAAAUGUGACAAAAGAUGAGGAUGGUUUAUUUGGAGAUUAUAUUGCGGGUCAGUUAAGACAAAUGGAUCGACAAAUGAAAGCUAUUGUGAGACAUCGGAUCAACAAUAUAAUAUUUGAAGCCGAAACUGGAUAUAGAUCCGAUACAUUUACGGAUUUUGCAAGACCAAGUAGUGUUUCUAGUUCACACAGUCAUCCAGGAUACUAUACAGCAUCUUCACUACAACAGGCGGUUGUAAGCCCUUCUACAAAUAACUUAACUUCUUCUGAAUACUCUGCCCAAACAAACUCAGAUCCACAAACAAUUCAACCUUCGUCACUAGAAACAUUUGCUGAAGAAUACCUAGCUCUAAAUCCUUCUGAUAGUGUUAUAAAGUAAUCUUCAAAAUAUGUUAUAAAUAUUUAAUUUUCUUUUUGGUAUAAUAAAGGUAGCUAUAGGUAGCCCCAUUAAAGUUAAAUUUAAAAUUAGUGUUGACUAUUCCCUUCACACGAGUAGAGCUUGACAUAUGUGCGUAAGGAAUAGCAAGGUUUUAAUUUUAGUUUAGUGACACUUCUACCAAUAGUUAAUAUCAUGUUAUUGGUUUACAAAAACACAUUUCUUAUUUUGUUUAAAAUUUUAUUAUACGAAUCACAAUAAAAGUGUAUCUCACUGUGUAAUUUACGAUUUUAGAUUUAAUGGAUAAUACAUGGAACUACUUUAAUGAUUAAAAAUAAUAUUGAUUAUAUGAGUUGAGUUAUUGGUUAUAUUGCCAUUCUAAUCCUCCGACACUAGAAAGAAAAUAAUGAGUCAACUCCACUCUUGUAUCCUCAGCGGUCACUGUAGUAUCCGAGGUUUGAUUGUCUUCUCCUGACAUAUUAUCUAAGCAACUGUCGUUUUCAAGAUGUCUACGCCAUUCACCGGGAAAGAUUUCUCCUUGAUUAUUUUCAGUAUCGUAUUCAUUUUGCUGAGUUGCAGCGGUUCGUUUGAUAUAAUUAAAUAAAUGUAUACACGCCAAAGUUACAGUAGUAGCUUUUUCUGGGAUUAGCUGAAUAGGUCUAUGAAAAAUCUUAAAUUUGUGUGUUAACUGCCCAAACACGUUUUCAACUACUCUUCGCCCUCGACAUACGCGAUAGUUAAAAACCCUCUUAGAUGAUCCCAUUGUGUGAUUACCAUCAUAAGCCUUUAUAAUAUGGGGUUGCAGAGGAAACGCGUCAUCACCCAAAAAAAAAUACGGUACUG